AUGGCUUCCAAUUCUGAUGUGGCCCCAUCCUCUGCCACAAAUGCUGUGCUUGUCGCCUCAGAACCCAUUCCUGAGGGCACCCAUCAGGUCCGCGGGGUCGACUUUGAUCGCUUCAAGGGCCGUGACAUUACGGCUGCUGAGCUGGUCGAGAACAUGGUUCAUACGGGAUUCCAAGGCAGUGGUGUCGCUGAGGCUGCUCGUAUCAUUAACGAUAUGCGCGCAUACCAGCAUCCCGAGACCGGCGAAAAGACCACCAUCUUCCUGGGUUACACCUCGAACCUGAUCUCCUCUGGCCUACGAGACACCAUCCGUUACCUCGUGCGCAACGGUCACGUUUCUGCUAUCGUCACUACCGCUGGAGGAGUGGAGGAGGAUCUGAUCAAGUGUCUGGCCCCGACAUACCUCGGUUCUUUCACCGCACCCGGAGCGGACCUGCGCGCCAAAGGACUGAAUCGCAUUGGAAACCUCCUCGUCCCCAACAGUAACUAUUGCUCCUUCGAAGACUGGGUGGUCCCGAUUUUCGAUAAGAUGUUGGAGGAACAGGAGGCCGCCAAAAAAAAGGCUCUCGAGUCUGGCGAUGAUGAGGACGAAUUGCACUGGACUCCGAGUAAAGUCAUCGAGCGGUUGGGCCGGGAAAUCAACCACGAGGAUUCAGUCUUGUACUGGGCCGCACGCAACAACAUUCCCGUCUUCUGCCCCGCUCUUACGGAUGGCUCCCUGGGCGACAUGCUCUACUUCCACACCUUUAAGUCUUCUCCCAAGCGACUCCGGAUUGACAUUAUCGACGACGUGCGCCGCAUCAACACAAUGGCCGUCCGGGCUGCCCACGCAGGCAUGAUCAUUCUUGGGGGUGGCGUGAUCAAGCACCAUAUUGCCAACGCUUGCUUGAUGCGCAACGGCGCAGAGCAUGCUGUCUACAUCAACACGGCACAGGAAUUUGAUGGUAGUGACGCCGGUGCUCGCCCAGACGAAGCAGUCAGCUGGGGAAAGAUCAAGACGGAUGCCAACUCGAUCAAGGUUCAUGCCGAAGCAACCGUUGUCUUCCCUCUCAUCGUGGCCGCAUCAUUUGCGCGAGCUACGUCGUCGGCUGAAUCUCAAUGA